AUAAAAAAAUGUGAGCAGCUAUCAUGUACGAUUUAUAAAUCUAUUCAGCUUCUACAUAAUAUCUUUGAUUCACUUAAUUGGCUACCAGAUCCUAUUUCUUUUAUAGUGGAUAAAGAUCAUUAUGCUAAAUUUCAAAUAGCAUAUCAGUCAAAAACAACAGAGUAG